GCUCACUGCCCAGGCAUUGGAGAGGGUGGGAAGUGGGAUCAAGAGCAGAGCCAUGGAAGAUCUUGGCUCUGUUUUCCCCUCCAAUUCCAGAGUCAAAGACAGGCAAGGGCCUCUCACCCCAGGUGAUCUGUCUGAGGAAUCCCUGAAAAUCAAGACUUCUGACAAUAAAACCAACAAGAAGUCCAAGACCAGGACUGAUGCCCUGACCAUGCCAAAAAUCAACCACCAGAUCCCUACAAGCAGAUCCUCGGGACACUGGACAGAUAAGAAGCUACCAGACAACUCUCACAAAAUGACAAUGCCAACCAUAAGUCUCAGACUCGAACAACUUGCUAAACCCAAACCAAUCUACCUGUUUUACAACGAAAAUAGACGCUCACCCAUCUGGAAUGUAUCACGGGCUGCUCUGCUGGCAGAGGCUUCACCACGUUUGAAGACAUUGUCGGCCCCGAAGACCUGGAGUAACAGCUGGAUGACAGAACAUUCCAUUUCCACCCCAGUGUCUAAGGCAGCCCUGACUACCCAAGCCAAACCUCGCACCUUAGAGCUGGCAGUACCUAAGAAACAGACAGUCCCCUCGACUGAGAAGCUGAACAAGACUAAAUUUCCUUCAUCAGACUUGAAACGGCUUCAGUUGAUAGAACCUAAACCAGAGCCUCAGUCUCAUCAACCCAAAAUACCUGCCCAGAGGCCUGUGGUGGAAGACACAAAGAAUGCUGUGGCAUCACCGCGUAUCAUGCAGCUAGCCAAGCCGAAGGAGCGGAAGGGGGUCCGUAAAGAUUACAACCCCUAUUUAAUCUCACCAGCCACUCUGAUGGCUGAGGCAUCUCCUCGCACCUUAGAACUUUCUACCCCCCGCAAUGUGAAACCGAAAAAAUUCUGAGAUCUCUGCAGCUUUCCUUCCUUCUUUUUCUUUCUCUUGCUCAGUCCUUUCCUUCCUUCUUUUUCUUUCUCUUGCUCAGUCCUUCCCUUUCUUUCCCUUUCCUUGAUAAAAAGUUUCCUCAACUCA